AUGACCAAUGGCUCCUACUACCACCAGUUCUCAAUAUUCGAUGCUCGAUGGGUUGAUUCUCUGAUUGUGUUCUACCAGCAGCAGCAUUUGCCAACUCACUCCAGUCGCUCUUUUGGUACGUCGCUGGCCAGUUCAGCGGCAUUGUCGUUCGUUUUUGCGGGAAUGAAGUCCUUUUUGUCAGCUUGUGCCACGCUACUGGGUAGCUGUGUGCUUUCCUCAGCGUUUCCCACGGCUUCCAAUGUUGCACUUCUGGCCAGAGCAGGAGGUCUUGAUGUUCCAGAGGGCUUGUCGUUCGAUGAGAUUGUUCGCCAGGUGCAGCACCAGCGAGAAAAGAGACUCCUCAUCAAUCCAUUAAAUACACCGAUCCAAGUCGACGGUGUGCAUCAAUGGCAGGCACCCAGUUCGAGCGCACAGAGAGGGCCGUGCCCUGGAUUGAAUGCGUUGGCAAACCAUGGCUAUAUCGACCGUUCUGGGGUUGCAAAAUUUCCUGAUGUUAUUGGCGUUAUAAAUGAAGUUUAUGGAAUGGACAUUGGACUCUCGACAAUUCUUGCCGUCAUGGGCACCGUCUGGACGGGCAACCCGAUCUCCCUAAGUCCAGGUUUCUCAAUCGACACAUCAUCUCCCCAAGCGCAGAAUCUGCUCGGAAAUCUGCUCGGGCUCCUCGGCACACCACGCGGAAUUGGAAGAUCGCACAACUGGAUUGAGGCAGACGCUUCGCUCACUCGCGAUGACCUUUAUGUCACAGGUGAUGCUUCCACGAUGGACAUGAAUCGAUUUCUGCAACUUUAUAACCGUCCGGGGGAUGAUACAGACGUGAUCUCGACAGACGAUGUGCUACAGCAUGCGAAUGAUAUGCUCGACGAAUGCAUUGCCACUAAUCCAUGGUGUUGGUACGGGCCUUAUACUGGCGCCAUUGCUCGUAAUGCCGGGGCGGCCUUUACUCUUCGCUUGCUAUCGAAUCACUCAACAGAGUAUCCGGGAGGGAUUAUGACCAAGGAAGUAUUCAAAUCUUUCUGGGGCGUGGUCGACAAUGCCGACGGUUCGCUUCAGUACAAACGAGGAUGGGAACGCAUCCCCAACAACUGGUUUAAAACGCCCGUCGACUAUGGCCUGGUGCAGCUCAACUUGGACCUGGUGGACUGGUUCAUCAAGUACCCCCAGCUGGCUUCGAUUGGAGGCAAUACAGGCACAGUCAACUCCUUCACACUAUUGGACAUCAACGACCUGUCUGGCGGCGUCCUGAACGCAGAGACGCUACUGGAAGGCAACAAUCUGCUCUGCUUCGCGUUGCAGAUUGUCAACAUGGUCUCGCCAGACUCGCUGUCCCCGCUGUUCUCAACCUUGGCUGUGCCCCUGAAAUUGCUCACAGACGCCCUCGGCUCAGCACUGGAUCCGCUGACGUGUCCACCACUUGGUGACCUUACAUAUGAUGGCCAGCCGAUCUGGGAGUCGCUAACGAAGCUAUUCGCCGGUGCCGGGCGUGCUGGGUCGCCUUUGUGA